AUGGAGAAAGGACUACUCAACGAACAAGAAAAGGACUCGCAGCCAUCGCAGCCCCCACAUCCAUCCUCGUGGAGAACCGGGUUCUGGCGCCGCUUUCCCCAUUCCGGAAUUUUCGCUCUUGCCACCGCGCUGGCUGCGUCUGUCAGCAUGAUAUACAUCAUCACCGCCUCAGAUGGACAGCCUAUUACCUCUUGGAAGUACCAGCCCACCGUUUGUCUCGCCAUCUCGUACACAAUCGCCAAUAUCGCUUUACAAUACGCCCUCGCGCAGGCUAUCACUAUCGCGUGGUGGGUGAAAGCCCUGAAGGGCGACGCCAAAGUCAAGGAUCUGCACGAUAUCUGGGCAUUUGGGCAUGGAGUCGUUCCGAUACUGCGAUCGGGACGGUCUUUCAAUCUUGUCGCUUUGGCUGGACUCGCUGUUACGCUGGCGCCUAUCAACGGACCUCUUUUGCAACGCGCUUCUGUCAUUCACGAGCGAACGCAGGUCGAGAUGAAGAAUAUCACUAUAGCCGUCGCAGGAGAGAUUCCCGUGGGCUAUACGGGUGCUUACAGCAAUCUCGAGAAUCCUACUUUGAUGUCACCUUCGUUUAGCGAAAUUGCCAUGCAGCAUACUGAUGGCCGAUCUAUGAAUGUCUCAGGUUCAGGCUGUGAAGGCCUGUGCAAGGGCACAUUACGUGGCGCCGGCUAUGACAUGCGCUGUAUGCAGGAUAGCAUUGGCAAUUACAACUAUUCUGCGUUUGGUGGUAGUUGGGUUACGAAGGCAGAUAUCUUCUGGUCAAACUUCACUACCGAAUAUGCUCCUUUUGAAGGUCAAGAGAUAGUCAUGAACUUCACUGCAAUCUACAAAGGCGAUGAGGGGUGUUUUGCGCCAAUCAACAGAACCAAUUGCGAGCUGCGGCCUGCCACUAUGGAGUAUCCCUUCAUAUUAAGCAACGAUUCGAUCACUCUAGACCCAGACAGCUCAUGGAGAUCCGACCGAGUGCUGGCUCUUCACUCACCCUGGAUUGACUCGGACUCAGACUAUCGAGUUCAGAGUACUUAUUCUGGUGUGUAUCUUUAUCUAGAUGCACAGUGGAAUUCAAACAUGUACACGUACAUUGCUGGCGGCCCUCUAGGCUGGAGAGGCUACACCUCCGGAACGACUGCACUCAGAUAUAUGAAAGACUUUGUGGGCCUGGACGCCGGCUUUUGUGAAAUGAAGCUUCCAGAUCCGACAUCCGAUGUCCUGACGUCAGUACGCGAGCUGGCUUUUCGAACCGCCCUAUACAUACCUCAUACAAAGGGUGAUAUCAUGAAAGUGAAUCCAGAACCUUACGUCGACAGUCCAUACUACUUCUUCGUACCAAUAAGUGAGUCGGAAAAAAAGCGUAUGUUCGAACAAACAGUCGAGAUCGAGCAGACCGCGAAAGACAUCGUGUUCAAGAGUCAAUACCCAUUCCUCGCCCUUGCCAUAGGCAUUACGCUAGUAGCAACGGGCUGUGUUUUCACAGUAUUAGCGGGAUGGUGGCAUCUAGGUCGCGAGGUGUCACUCUCACCAAUCGAAAUUGCAAGAGCCUUCAACGCGCCGCUUCUUGCUGAUUCGCAUCCCAAUGCAGAGGUUAGGAGGCUACUCGAGGAAUGCGGCGAUCAACGAUUGAGAUACGGAGUAGUGUGGGAGAAUCCUGACUAUCCCGUGACUUCGAUACCGACCCUGAGAUUGGAGAAGACGGAGCUUUGCGAGAAACCGCGGCAUGGACAGGUGCUAGGUCAUUAG